AUGCAGUAUCAACACUCCAUCGAAGUCUUUGGCACAGGCGAAGACCCUAAAAACCGUUCCCACUGGGGCUUUGUCAUCCAUCAACCACCCCGGACUUUCGGUGAUCUAGAGAAACUCUGGUACGAGUUCGAGCCUCGAUUUGGCACAGAUCUUGAUAUCAUGCAGGCGCUGGCUUAUUAUACGUUGAUCUCUCUGGAAGUGGAGGAUUUGGUUCCAACUGGGACAUCGCAAUUUUGGAAAGGAAUAAUUGAGUUACCUGCGAAAGAAGUUCAGAGAGCAGUCGGGGGAAAUUGGAGUUUUAUGCAGAGGUGA